UUGACUGCAGUGUGGAACGAACCGAACACACUCAACCGAGUCCGAAAAACAGAGAACACGAGAGGACACAGCGCGGUACAGACAGCGGAGCGCCGGCCAUUCAAUCAGAGCGAGCGACGGAUCAGAUCCACCCACGACACUUUUCACCGCGCCCCCGAACCCCGCUUUACCCGUCUGAUUGGUGGCCGGGCCCAGCGCGCGCGGCGACAGCUUGUGCUGCUGAGCGUCCGCCCCCGCCCCCGCGCACACUCCCGCCCCGCCCCGCUGCCCUCCGCCGCGGCGGCACCACCAGCGCCGACGCGCUCAACCUCUCCUGAGGGACACUCUCUCUACAGACACGCUCUCCCGUGGACCGACCGAUUCCCGCCCCGCGUCCUUACAGCUCGCGUCCUCCUCUCUGGCCGGCCGUCUUCGGGCUCCCUGUUCAGGGCGAGGCUGACGUCGAACAGCGUGGUCAAGAGGCGAUCUCGCAUCUACUCCUCCGCCGGUGCCUGGCGGGCGGGCUGGGCGGCGAGCGCCGCGGGCGCUACUUUAGCGGGGACUCCACGAGCCGCUGCUUACGGGCCUCCGCGGCGAAGCCCCAAGCGCCGUCCGGCGCCGCGUCCGUGGCCAGGCGCUCGAAGAUGGUGGGCUUCAUGCUGCGGCGGGCCGGGCGUACCGGGGCUCCACCGCGAGCUCGGAGGCGCUGCACGCGCGUCACCCGCACGCCGCCCCAGCCCUCGAAACUCGCUCGACGGGGACUCCCUACCAGCGACGCCGUUUAACGAGAUUAAAAGCGGAGAGAAUUUGAAAAAAACUUUUUGGCCUCUCCUUGGGACAUUUCUCUGUUCGGACGGCAGGCGCGCGUACGGCGAGCUAUUUACCGUCGGGAGGGCUCGUCGUCUGAUUUCGAUGCGUCUCGCUGCUGUCUUCGACUUCCGCUUCUCGGCGUCCCUCCAUCGCCGUUCUGAAAUCACAGUACCGAAUACGGUCCGCAGCGCCAGGGUUGGCGCGUGUGCAGCGUGCGUGGGCAGCUCGUGGGCAGCCGCUGCAGCGCGACGCCCACUCACCGCUCAGGCCACACGAGCUACACCGAGAACCACUUCCCCGCACCACCAACGGACACUCUGA